CACCGCUACACUUGCAAUCGCACCCGAACAACCAAGCAUCGACGAUCUAUAUCGCAGGGAACCUCUGCUAUAUGAUCUUUAACUCGAACACUCGAAGCGACUACAUUUCUGACCAUAUCUGGAAGACCUUGGCUCGUUAAGACCGAUCCCUUCAUCAAACCGCCUAUAUUAUCAAAAACCACAUGUUUGCUACCAAACUCUUCCGCCGUUCUUCGGCUCCGGCCUUGAAAUUCCUUUCUCUUCAGCGUACCCUCGCUUCCGUUGCCACCACCCCGACCGGUCGCGUCAUCCCUGACCACUCCAAGCCCACCCCUCAGGACCUCGGAGACCGCGCUACCUUUACCAUCCGUAAUGGUCCGGUUUUCCAUGGUACCUCGUUCGGUGCUAACCGCAACAUCUCUGGUGAAGCCGUCUUCACUACCUCCCUCGUCGGCUACCCCGAGUCCAUGACUGAUCCAUCCUACCGUGGACAGAUCUUGGUCUUCACUCAGCCGUUGAUUGGAAACUACGGUGUCCCCUCCGUUAGUGUCCGCGAUGAGUUUAACCUGUUGAAGCACUUUGAGUCUCCGAGGAUUCAGUGUGCUGGUAUUGUCGUUUCUGACUAUGCCAAAAGGUACUCUCACUGGACUGCUGUUGAGUCGUUGGGUGCGUGGUGCGCUCGUGAGGGUGUUGCUGCCGUUUCUGGCGUUGACACUCGUGCUAUUGUUACCCAUUUGCGUGAACAGGGUUCCUCCCUUGCCAAGAUCAACAUUGGUGAGGAGUACGACGCUGAACAGGACGAUGCCUUCACUGACCCCGGAUCCGUCAACCUCGUCAAGACCGUCUCCACCAAGGAGCCCUUCCACGUCUCUUCUGGUGGUGAGUUGAACGUUGCUUUGAUUGACUGCGGUGUCAAGGAGAACAUUAUUCGCUGUCUCGCUGCCCGUGGUGCCAAUGUCACCGUCUUCCCGUGGGACUACCCCAUUCAGGAGGUCAUCCACCAGUUCGAUGGUCUUUUCAUAUCCAACGGUCCCGGUGACCCGACUCACUGCACCAAGACCGUCGAGAACUUGAAGGCUGUCAUGGACAACUAUCAGGGUCCCAUCUUUGGUAUCUGUCUCGGUCACCAGCUCUUGGCUCUCGCUGGCGGUGCUAAGACGAUCAAGCUCAAGUACGGCAACCGCGCUCACAACAUCCCUGUCAUUCACAAGGAGUCUGGUCUUUGUGCCAUUUCUUCCCAGAACCAUGGAUAUGCUGUUGACACUACCACUCUGAGUCAGGACUGGGUUGAGAGCUGGGUUAAUGCUAAUGACCAGUCGAAUGAGGGUAUUAUGCACCGUACUCGUCCUAUCUCAUCUGUGCAGUUCCAUCCUGAGGCGAAGGGUGGACCGGAGGAUACUCACUACCUUUUCGAUGAGUAUUUCCAGAGGGUGAACGAGUUCAAGUCGAAGGGUCAGGUUGUUUCCGGUGCUUGGGCUUGA